UCGAUCAUAACAACAAGAAGUUGAAAAAAAAAUGAGUGGCUCAACAUCAAACAAGAAGAAAAAAGACAUGAAAUCAUCAAAAACUGUGGAUAAUACGAAAGAAGAAAUAGGGCAAGGAGAAUUAUACUCUCCUAAUCAUGCAAUCAACAUUAAGACAAAUAAAAAUAAUCAACAAAAUAAUUAUUAUCACCGAGAAGAGUUGGAGGGGAAUAAUAUGAUAGGGAGAGGUGUAGCAAAUGAUAUAAAGAAUAAGAUGAGUAUAGUAAAGGAACGGUUGAUGGAAAAGCUAGCGGCUGCUUCUGUGCCGUCUGAUGCUUUAGAAAACACUAGACACUUGUUUGAAUCGGUGAUUAAAGAUGUUACGGUGGCGGCGCAAGGUCUUACUAAGGAGGCGAUUCAGAAGAUUAAGUCUCAUCUUGCUGAUAUUAUCCCAUCUUUGUCUCCUUCUCUCACUUCUAAGAUGGUAGAUGAUGCCGAGAAAGAGGCAAGAGCUAAAGAAAGCGGAGACGAAGGCAACAGAGAAAUAAAUGGAGAAAAUAAAGAAGAGCACAAAGGCAAAUCUUAUACUUCUAACAUCGCACUUAAGCACACUUCCAAGCUAUAAGUCUCAAUUUAUGAACGUGACUUGAGCUCUGUUUGACAACACUAGCUAAAAUUUAACUGAAACUGAAAAGUUAGCUGAACCUGAUAAGGUAGCACUUGAAACUGGUAAAGUGCUGAAACUGAUGUAUAAGAUGGUUAUUUCGCUUAGCUCUUUAAUGUCUUAAGUACCUGAAACUAGUUUGUUUGGCCCUAAAAUAGUUUGUUUUAGGAUUUUGUUUUUAUUUACAUUUUGUACGUUGUUUUUGGCGAUUGUAUGGCUGGUGUCGCCAACUGUUGUUCCUUGGGGUGUAUGAUCUUCUGUCGUUGUUGCCCCCUUCUGGUAGUGGUGCUGGUGUCCUGGUAGUUUUCUGCCUUUUGACAAGCCAACUCCGCUUGGGCCUUGACAUAGGUGGCCUGCAUCUCGAUCGGAAUAGGGAAAAAACCCGCAGGUAACAAUAUAUGAGGCACGUACCAAUCCACUAUAAUACCUAAGAAUAAUCUAAGUAAAGAAAUAAUACUUGCGGUAAUUGAAAUACAGUUAUUACUUCAU